UUCAACAGUGACAGUGACUUUGUCAGUUUUCAAAACAGUUGAACAACAAAACAACGUGGUUCAUUAUUUUAGUAUCAAAUUGAUUAUUCCCUGGCAAAAGCAAGUUUUACAGAAGAUGUCCAGUGGCAGCAACAGUGAUUCCGAUGUGGAGAAAGCUCCACUGAAAAAGGAAUCGAAAAAACGUAAGCGUCUUCAGGAUUAUUUGGACGAAAAAGCAGCUCGUGAAGCGGCGGAUCGUGUGGAGCAGGAACUGAUUCGCAGAAGGAAGAAUGGAUUGGGCGACGAUGAGGAAGCAGCCGAAGUUAGUUACCCGGUUAUCAACCCGAUCAAUUUUAUCAAAAACAAAGAAAUAAGAUCCAGAAAGUUUAAACGGCUCCAAGGGUCUAAGAAAAAAGAGGAGAAAGCUGCCAGAAAGGCGCGCAAGUUGGAAGGAGGUCCGAAAACCACUGGGCACACAAUUGAGAGCUUAAGGGAAAAGGAUCAAACAUCGUUAGCAAACGUUACUGAAGACGAUAAUGAAGAAAUUACAAAUGAUUUGGAGAAUGAUGAAUUCAACGAAUAUUACAAAAAGUCGUAUGAGCCGAAGGUACUGAUAACAUACAACGCCACACCGCAUACACGAACACGGAAAUUUGCCUCGGAAUUAGAAAGGAUACUUCCAAAUUCACUGGUUCAUGCUAGAAAUAAGGCGCGAUUGAAAAAUGUUUGUAAAAGCGCUAUUCGAGAGGAGUUUACCGAUUUGGUAGUUAUUAAUGAAAACAACAAACAACCGGAGGGUUUACUGGUCAUCCAUUUACCGGACGGCCCAACAGCCCACUUCAAAGUUAGCAACUUUAAGUCAGUGAGAGACUUAAAGAAGAGAGCAUCUGCAAUUAGUAGUCACCGCCCAGAAGUGAUCCUGACUAACUUCAGCACCAGAUUGGGUUUGACUAUCGGAAGAAUGCUGGGAGCUCUGUUCCAUUACGAACCCGAAUUCAAAGGACGCCGUGUCGCCACUUUCCACAAUCAGCGAGAUUACAUAUUCUUUCGACACCAUCUGUACGAGUUCGAUAAGAACGGUAAAAGAGUUAAGCUGCGUGAAUUGGGACCACGGUUCACCCUCAAGUUACGCUCGCUUCAACAGGGACUUUUCGACAGUAAAUGUGGCGAUUACGAAUGGAUGAUAACCAACAAGCGGCACCAGAUGGAAAGCAGAAGACGAUUCUUCCUGUAGAAAGUUUACAUUUUUUCAUUCAAUAAAUCGUGGCCACUUUGAAACAA